AUAUAUAUGGAAUGUAAAAUCAGACGGCCGUUAUUAACAGAUCUUUGAGAGCUACUGAGUCACGUGGAUACUGCGCAGCCGAUGCUUCCUGUUUCGUGUAUACAGAUGAUUCGCCUUGUGCGCGAUCUAGAUGCGCAAGAUGAUGGGUCGUAUGUCACAGCAAUUACACAUCAUUACUUUAGGCGCUGCAUCCCAGGGGUGACAAGUACCGAUCGAAGAGUGCCAUGGUUACUUCACGGCUAACAAAUGAUCCCUACGUCUUCUGUCUUACUAUGCGAUACAGGAAUUCCUCGCAGUUUUAAACUUAAACUCGCCGGAUAUAGACAGAGAUCACAAAGAGUCUAUGUCCAUUUACGUAUUCGUCGCGAAAAGACAAACUCAGAAGCUAAACUCAGAAAAGAAGCUACACUCGCAAUUGAGCUUGUAUUAAUGCUGAAAGUGCAUUAAUAAUGUGAUUAAUAAUUAUUUUAGUUUACGAUUUAGAUUGUUAUUCUCCCAUGACACUCCGCUGAUCAUGUUCCAUCCGUCAUCAAAGUUUCAAGGAAGAGCCAAGGGCAAAGUGCGAAAAAAAUGGCGGCUGUUUCACGCGACGGAUUUUCUAUCCCUGAUGUAUCCUUGCUUUCUCUUCUGCCGGAUUCUCGGAAUAUUUCCGUAUAAGAUCAACGGUUCAACCUUCGAGACCUCUAGACCGCGCUACAUCCUGUCGACUGUUAUCAUCUGCGUCUUCUGCGUUUAUGGAUUGAUGAUGAUUUAUGAGAUCGAUAUCUCCGGAAGGAUCGAGUUCGUCGGCGUACCUGGAGCUCUUCAGGGUAACUGCUACUACUUGUUAGGCGCUUUUAUAACAAUCGUCACGUACAUCCUGAGCGGUCCGCGAAUGCGCCUGCUCCAGACUGUGUUGGAUAUCUCGUCAAGACUGCCCCCAGAAACGUAUGAGAAGUUAUCUAGGCUAAUCCACGCCAAGGACAUUUUCGGUUUCAUCUUUCUAAUCGGACAAGCGCCGAACUGUUAUUCCGCAAAUUAUCUUGACAUCUUUGCCAAGGUCUUUGCGCUGUAUAACACUCUGCUAGUCUUUCAGAUGGAUAUGCUGUAUAUGAAUUGCGUUUGUGUAUUGAAGGCCUGUUUCAAGAAGAUCAACGAAAAUUUGGCAAACCUGCGGGAACUCGUGAUAAACGAUGAACCGCAUCUCCUUAGACGGAUCUACCACGAGCAGAGAAAUCCGUUCCUACUGAUGGAACUCAAGGCUCUAAAGAAACGGCAUCUGAUGGUCAGCGAUGCGGUACAGAUGUUGAACAUGAUUUUCAGUCUACAGAUCCUCGCUACCAUAGUCAUGACCUUUGCCGAGAUCACUUUCAGCCUAUACUUUUAUAUAGUGCAACGACAAAACGGCGUAGCCCUCAUCAAUUUGGAAAAACAGUUCUGGUAUUCGUACUACAUCACGUCCAUCCUGUAUUACUCUAUGAAAUUAGCGUUGAUAGUGUGGGCUUGCGAGACCGGCAAGGACCAGGCUCUGGAAAUUGGCACUACCGUUCACGAAGUGCUUAUCAAUACCAGCGAUAAGCAGAUCAAAGACGAGUUACAGCUGUUUUCUUUGCAAAUACUGCAUCGAGAAAAUGCAUUCUCUGCGAAGGGUCUCAAUGUGGACGCGACACUUCUCACUGCAAUAGUGGGUAGCAUCACCACGUACUUAUUAAUCUUAAUACAAUUCUUAUACACGUCGCAUACUUGCAGCGGAAAAGCUCCAAUCAAUAUCACCCAUAUAAUUUAAUUAAAAGAAAGCACAUAAUCUCAAACAAAGAAAUGUUUUUAAAUAUAAGGUUUGGAAAUAUUUUUUUUAUACAUAUUGUAGCAAAUAGAAUAUUUUAUUAUUUAAUGUAUUAUAUUUGUAUAGAGACACGUGUAUAUAUGCAUUAUAUACAGAGCCAAUUAAAAACCUUGUACUCCUUCCCUUAUAUAUGUGUCAACAAUCAACUGCAAAUAAACUUUUAAUAUAUUUCAUUUGCUGAAAUGCACCGUGUAAGAUGCAAUAAGAAUAUUUCUGAAAAAUAUUGUGCUUUGUACACAUUAAAUAUACGUCAUAUAAUCUAAAAAUUGCUCUUGCGACAACAUUAAAAUGAAUUAAUGCAAAUAUUAAUAAGCCAGUAUAAUUUGAAAUUCUUAUUUCUGAUAUGCAAACAUAUAUAUAUAUGUAAUAUUUCAAAUCCUAUCAGAUGACAUAUCGUACGUUAUGUUAUGCAACGAUUAUCAAUGUAACUUUUAGUAAUGCAGAU